AUGACCUUGGCGUUAUUAUCCGUUCAAUACAGCUAUGCGAAGAUGCUCAUCUUGCCCUUUCGAAUCUUCUACACUGGCCUCGGUGUCGGAUUCGUGCAUCAAUUCAUCGGAUCCAUCACGCUUGAGUCCAUGAUUUCCGCAUUGGUCGUCGCUGGGAUGGGCACAGGCCAAUACAAUCUGGUCCUCUCCCCUUCCUCGUCAUCUCCUCUCAACGCCGCAUAA